AUGGCUGCCAGGCAGAGAGCCAUGUUCCUGGUGGUGGUGGCCUUCUUUCUGCCAGGCCUCAUUCACAGCUUCAAACCACUCUUCUCAUUUGAUGGCAAUUCCACCACUCACCGUGACAUCACACAAAGGGCGGUCCUCAGAAAGACAGCUGAAGUCUGCCGAGACAUUGCUGCUUCCGAGGGACGGGACUUCAGCCUGACUGUUGAUGACAGCCUGUCAGUCGACCAAGUGCAAAGAGCCUGUUCCUCUACAAAUACCCCCACUUCUCUCCGCUCAAAUGUCAUGUUCCGAUCUUCCAUUGCCAGUAUGUGCUUCAACAAUGCACAAGUCGAUGUGAUUUUUGCGCUGAGUGAGAAGCACCAUUUUGAUGAUGAGACAUUCCAGGGAGGACGGGAUCUCAUCACAGCAGGUGUGUCUGCUGUGAAGGCCAGUGUGAAGCUGAACAACUUUGUCACAGCAAGGUGGACUCUUGGACGAGUCUGCCACACCCUACAGGACUUCUACAGCCACAGUAACUGGGUGGAGCUGGGGAAAACCACUCCUUACAGCACUCUGAUUAGACCAGACCAACCUCUUGAGAACCUGGCAGGCCCAAAUACUCCAACCUGUAGAAAUUGUGCAGGAAAGAAUUGUGCUAACAACCUUCUGCCCGACCUGCUGCAGCAGGGGCUUCUCACUUCAGGCUACUUCAACAUAUUCUCCUCAGCAAAGCCUGCAGGUAAAUGCAGCCACGGUGGAUCAUUCGACCGGACAAGCAUACAGAACCCAGUGGGGGGCAUAAACAAGGACGAGGUUGGAUCCAGUCAUGGGUCACUUCACCACAAAGCAGCUGAUUUGGCUGUGACUGCCACUAUGGAACUACUGGAGGACAUCAGAGUAGCUGUCGGAGACAAGAGUUUCCUGCGAUUGAUGGGCCUCUCCCAGUCCUCUGUGCUGUGUUUUGUCAUUGACACCAGAGGCAGUAUGAGCAAUGACAUAGCCGAGGCUAAGAGAGUUUCUUUCCACAUCAUUGACAGUAAGAAGGGAACCCAGCAGGAGCCCUCCGCCUACGUACUGGUACCUUUCAAUGAAACAGGUUUUGGACCUUUGAUUACAACAACAAAUGCAGACGUCUUCAAAGACGGUAUCAACAAGCUGUCUGCACAUGGAGGAGAAGACCUCCUAGAGUCGUGCUUGUCUGGACUGCAGCUUGCACUGACUGCUGCUCCAUGCUCAUCUGAGAUCUUUGUCUUCACUGACGCUCCAGCUAAAGAUGCUCAUCUGAAAAGCACCAUCACUGCCCUUAUAGAGAGCACCAAGUGUGUGGUAACUUUCAUAUUGACAGACAUCCUGGCCAGUCGGUGGCCAUGGGGCCGCAGAGGUUCUCAGGGUGAGAGUCCACGUACCAUGAGCCAAUCAGAUGCCCAGUUGUACCAUGACCUAGCUCGAGUCUCUGGUGGUCAGGCCAUAGAGGUCACCAAGUCAGACCUCUCUUUGGCUACAAGUGUCAUAGAGGAUUCAUCUGCCAGUGCUGUGGUGACAGUUUUUCAGGUAGUGAGGAAUCCUGGAAGGCCUGAUACUUUUACAUUUACUGUUGAUGGCUCUUUAAGGAACAUGACUGCCUACAUCACAGGAGCCUCAUCUCUCACCUUCAAUCUCACCAGCUCCACAGGUGUGUCUCAGAGUUCUAGUCAGUCCAGCGGUCCUCUGGCAUCUUUUAAUACAGCAGGAAACCUACGUCGUUUGAGCAUCAACACUGAGAAUCAAACAGGAUCGUGGGAAAUCAGUGUUUAUUCCAAUAACGCCUACUCUGUUAAGGUCACCGGUCAAAGUUCAGUGAAUUUUAUUUAUAACCUUGUGGAAGCUCAUAAAAGAAACCACACAGACUUCAGUCUAAAGGAGGGACGUCCUCUUUCAGGUGGAAAUGCCAGCCUCUUGGUCUCUGUGACAGGAAGUGACACAGUAAAGGUCACAGAGGUCGCUCUGUUUGACAGCUCCGGGGCAACAGAGGUCAUCGGAUCAUUGCAGUCAGUGGGAAGUGGUAACUUCCUGGUCACAUUCACUGGAGUCCCAGCAGGUGACUUUGUGGUUCGGCUGAGAGGGGAGGACAGCAGCUCCACCUCCAGGUCAAAACGGAGCAGCUUCCAGAGACAGGCCUCGACACACAUCAAGACCUCCAGCAUCUCUGUUACUGCCCAAGCCAGCCACACCAACAUAGAACCAGGCUCCACCAUCUCCAUCCCUUUCACAGUCGCCACAACCACCAAUGGAGUUGUUAACGACUCUGCAACUAGGACAUUUGCAGUGCGAGCCAACAAUGACCGCGGCUAUACUUUAACUUCACCCACCAUGGUCAUCAUAGCAGCGGGCAGUGGUGGCAAUGGCAGUGUGACCUUAACAGCACCAGUCAGCGCUGUAUCAGGAACAGACGUGACCCUUACCAUUGAGGCAGAAAAUGCAGCUGCCACUGACAGCAACUAUGUUGUCCUCAGGUUUUCUGUGGCUGCCAAGGUGACAGAUGUUACCCGUCCAGUGUGCCAGGUAGUCAGUAUAUCAACUUGCUGUCUGUCCUCUUCAUCGCUCUGUGCUUCCUCCCAGUGGGCAUUCAUCGCUAAUCUCACUGAUGGCAUCAAUGGAACUGGCAUUGAGAGCAUCACCAUCCAUCAAGGGAACGGUACCCUCAGUAGCUCAACGGCAGGAGGACAUGGUGAGAACAUUACAGUGGCUACCUACAGCGCCUCCUGCUGUUCACAGAAUGUAGUGCUGGCAACUGUGGACAGAGUAGGUAAUGUGGGGACCUGUGUGGUACAAGCCAGAGUGUCUGCCACAGCUUCACCUGUGACUGCAGUUAGCAUGACUUCCACUGGUGGUCACACUUUGAGCAUAUCACACUGUCUCUGGAUCAGUGUUGUGGUUUCUCUCCUUUGA